AUGCACGUGGGGGGCUGUGCGACGCCUCUCGCAUGCACGUGGGGGGCUGUGCGACGCCUCUCGCAUGCACGUGGGGGGCUGUGCGACGCCUCUCGCAUGCACGUGGGGGGCUGUGCGACGCCUCUCGCAUGCACGUGGGUGGCUGUGGUGUCUGGACUCACAUGCAUAGCAGCACGUAACGCCUUCGCUGCUCCAACGACUCUGCUCCAACGACUCUGCUCCAACGACUCUGUGCAUGAUCACAUGCGACUCCAUGCUUCAUUCGCGAGCCGCCUCACUCCCCUGCUUGCUUCCCCUCACUGCCCCCUCUCCCAAAUUCCCCAGGCGCGCAUGUGUCUGCCCGGCGCGCUCUCCCGCGCGCGCGUGGCGGGGCGCAUGGUGCUAUGUGAGGCGGGGGGGACGACGCCCGAGGCCAAGGCGGGGGAGGUGCGGAGGGCGGGCGGGCGCGCGAUAGUGAUUGCGUCGGCGUCCGCCACGGCGGGCAGUGUGGGGGCGGGGUACGCGCUCGACCUGCCCUCGCUCGUUGUCAACCGUUCCAUGACGCAGGCGCUGCGAAGCUUCCUCAAUCGUUCCAGCAAUCCCCACGCCACGCUCUCGUCGCUCUCACUCCAGUCCAACCAGGUCGCGCCAGUCAUGGCGCCCUUCUCCUCAACAGGCCCCAUCGUCGACCCCAACCUCCCUCCCGGGCACUCCCCCCAGGGCUUCACCAACGACAUCUUAAAGCCUGACAUCACCGGCCCGGGAGUCAACCUCCUCGGCCCCAUGGCCUCGGGAAAAAAAGGGGAAGCCGCGUACCAGCUGCUGUCUGGAACGUCUAUGGCUGUUCCCCAUCUUGUGGGGAUCGCGGCGCUGAUAAUGCAGAAGUACCCUAGCUGGAGCCCAGCCGCGGUCAAGUCUGCGAUAAUGACGACGGGCACGGUGUGGAAUAAUAGGAACGAGCCGAUCCGGACGUCAUCGGGGCGUCGAGCGACGCCUUGGAAUUUUGGUUCAGGGCAUGUGGUGGCUGCGAGGGCCAUGGACCCGGGGUUGGUGUACAAUGUGGGGGCCAAGGGCUACAUGGCAUUUCUCUUUGGGAUUGACUUCGGCACUGCACAAAAAUCCUUCCAGCAGCAGCAGCCGCAGAAGGGAGGUGGGCGGACGGCGAUCAAGGCGUACGAUCUGAACCUGCCGAAUAUCUGCGUGUCGAAUCUCAUGGGGACAGUCACGGUGGUGCGGCGGGUGACGAACGUGGCGCGGCAGGCAUCGAGGUACCGGGCGCGGGUGGUAGCGCCGAAGAAUGUGCGCGUGGUGGUGGCGCCGGCUGCGUUCACCAUUGCACCGGGCGCGUCGCAGGUGUUUUCGGUGACGUUCACGGUGGUGCAGGCCACGCGGGCGUUCUCGUUUGGCAGCCUCACGUGGGUGGAUGGCACACACCGUGUGCGCUCUGUGCUGGCCGCGCAGCCCGUUCAGGCGUGA